GCAUCCUCUUCCACACCUCCACCUAACGCCUCCAAAUAAAAAAAGUCCUUCAGCAAUAAUUCAUAAAUAAAAGAGAAAAAAAAAGGAGGAUUUGGGUGUUCGAGGAGAAUAGGUCGUCAUGUCUUUUGAGGUGACAGAGAAGACAGAGGUGCGUCUAGUUUUUCUGGGGGCAGGGGGCGUGGGGAAGACGGCCCUCAUCCAACGCUUCCUCAAAGACACCUUUGAGCCGAAGCACCGGCGCACGGUGGAGGAGCUCCACAGGAAGGAAUACGACGUGGGGGGCAUCAAAGUAACCAUCAGCAUCAUGGACACCAGUGGCAGCUAUUCCUUCCCCGCCAUGCGGAAGCUCUCCAUCCAGAACAGCGACGCUUUCGCCCUCGUCUACGCCGUGGACGACCCCGACUCCCUCGAAGCAGUCAAGAGGCUGCGGGAAGAGAUCCUGGAAGUCAAAGAGGACAAGUGCACGCCCAUCGUGGUGAUCGGCAACAAGAUCGACCGGCAGACCGAGCGGAGGGUGUCCAGCGAGGACGUGCUGUCCACGGUGGAGAUGGACUGGAACCACAUCUUCUUGGAGUCUUCGGCCAAAGACAACGUCAACGUGAUGGAGGCGUUCCGGGAGCUGCUGCAGCACGCCAAGCUGCCCAGCCAACUCAGUCCGGCGCUCUGCCGAAGACGGGAAACCUUUCCCAAGGAGAGCAACAGACGGCCCCCCAUGAACAAGACCAACAGCUGCCUGAUCUCGUAGAUGGAGACAACGCUAAAGAGACUGAGAGAAAACGGUUCAAAAGAGACUGAGGUUCCUAUGGACGGUAAUCUGAUGAGUCUGACGUUGUUAAAUGUGUUCUCGUCCCCUCGGCUGUUUAACGACGACUCAGGAAGG